UCCUUCAAAGCCAUCCUAGUCUGCAUCUUCUAUUGCCUUAAUUUCUUCUAGUUUUCUCUCUUUCACCAUUUUCACUAACCAAAGAAAAAAGGGUCACUACUUUUUAACAUAUUGUAACAUGUCUUCCUCAGAGUUUGAAUUAGGAAUUGAGUUCUCAGAGGCCAACAAUGUUCUUCUCAUGUCUCUAUUGGAAGAAACACAGGAAGAAGAGUAUUAUGGCGAUGAUAGACUUGUGAGCAUGAUUCAGUCAUUGGAAGCAGAGAUCGGUGACACUGAGAUGGGACACGUGGAUGAUCAAGAUUGCUCCACGUCAGACAGUGGCACUGAUGAUCAUUGGGGUGACAUGGAAUUGAUCUCUUCCUUGCCGUUUGAUGAGAUGAAUGCAUGGAUCCCCUGUGGAGAUGAGAUCAUGGAGCAUGCAGCAAUGGAAUUUCAAGUUGGAAAUUAUGAGAUUGAUGAUUUCCAAUCGUGUUAUGGGGUUUUCUUGGAGCAACAAUAUAGAGAGAAUUAUUUGGCACAAGGGCCAAGUGAUGCUGUAUUCUGAGAUUAAUAUAUAUUAGUAUUAUACAAGGAAACAACUGAGAACAUGAAUCACUUUGUUAUAUUAUGUACAUGUUAUUGCCAAACUUUAAUUUUAUUUUAACCUUUGUUUACUUUUUCAUCCAUGUAAUUACCCAGCUGGAAAUUAAUUAGAAUCACUUCCUCAAUCGUACUUGAAUAUAAGAAAUAGUGCUCAUAAUUAUUUCUCAA